AUGUCAUCCAGCGCCACCUCCACGCCGGCAGUAUCCAAACAGUAUCCCUCACCCGCACAAACAAACUACUUCCAGUCUCCUGCCAUAAACACCCCCGACUCCUCAAGACGCAGUAACACUUCCGGUGGCGGCACCUCUGUUUCUGCUACGCGUCCCAUUCCCCAACCGCGUGGGAAUCAGUCACUGAAGAAGAACCACAAACAAAAGACCAAACCGCAUCUGGUGGACGACGACGCCAUGGCUGAAGUUACCGCAAUGAGGUCAAUUAAUAGUCGGAAGGGCCAGACUUCCAUCACCCAUCUGAUGAACUUUGCUUUGCCGCCCCGCCCCCAGCAUCAUUACCAACAUCACUUCAACAACCGCCACCAACCAAGACGGAAUCCCACCUGGGGCCUCGGCUCGGGUUAUCACGCCGUUGACAAAGCUCGUUACGUUCAUGCAAACUACCGCUUUAUCGUUCGACCUGACCGGGAAUACCAUCCUCAGACCACCGAUGCCGAUGUCUAUGUCAGCUGGGAUGCCGUCCUACAGGUUCUGGCCUCUGCCGAUACCCAGUCUGCAAGUUGUCCCAUCUGCCUAUCGACACCUGUUGCUCCACGAAUGGCAAGGUGUGGCCACAUCUUCUGUUUCCCUUGCCUCAUCCGUUAUAUGCAUUCGACUGACGACUCUAAUCCUGUUCCCGAGAAGCGAGCGAGAUGGAAGAAGUGUCCGAUUUGCGAAGACAGCAUAUACAUUUCAGAGGUUAGACCCGUGAGAUGGUUCAGUGGCCAUGACGCCAGUAUGCUCCGCGAAGGGGGUGAUGUCCUGCUUAAGCUUCUCAAGCGUGAACCAGGCACCACUUUAGCCCUCCCUCGUGAUGCUGCUGACAGCUAUGGUUGCCACGAUGACAUCCCUUGGUUCCAUGUUGCCGAGAUCAUGGAAUAUGCUCGUUUCAUGAAGGGAGGAGAAGCAUACAUGUCGGCCCAAUACGAUCAGGAAGUUGUCGAUUUAGAAACCCAAGAGAAUGAAGACGAAUUGAUGUUCGGUGACGAAAACACUUGGACUCGCAAAGCUGUCGCUUCCAUCGUUGAUGCCAAAGAAAAACUUUCCGGAUCCGGUAACCCUCCGACACCUACCGCUCCAGCCACCGUGACUUCCGGUAAUGAGAUUCCGGACUCAUGGGAGGACGAGGGUCGAAAUGGGCAGUCGACCUUGACUUCUGUCAUAAAGGAGCUAGCUAUCGAGCAAAGCAUGCCUCCGACCACGCCGGUACAUCCCACGAGACCUCAACCUGUGUCGGGCCGUCCAUCAGGUUCUCCUUUCUAUUUCUACCACGCCUUGCCAAACUUCUUCCUCUCGCCUCUGGAUAUUCGUAUACUCAAGACCGCAUAUGGAGACUUUUCGGCUUUCCCUUCGACCAUUUUGCCCCGCGUUGAACAUAUUUCCACCGGCCACAUAGUAGACGAUGAUUUGAGAAAGAGGGCUAAAUACAUGGCGCAUCUACCAUCAGGGUGUGAGGUAACUUUUCUCGAAUGUGACUGGACUGAUAUUAUCAGCCCAGUCAUACUGGCCCAAUUUCAAGACGAUAUUGCUAGGAGGAGAAAGCGUAAUUUGGAAAAAGAGACUCGAGAGGAGAGGGAUAGACUUAGAGCAGAAAAGGAGGAGGAAGAUAAGCGAUGGGCGUCAGCCAGACGGAGGAGACCCAGUUCAGUUCCCAAGAGCUUCAGUGAAGCUGAUUUCCGACCUUUAGUGGACACCAACACACAUCCAAGCUCAUCCCCGGGUGAGUCCGCACUUGCAGCCACCCCUCCAUGGGGCAAUACGAGGGCUCACUCGUCCUUUGCAAUGUUGGCAACACCUGGUACCAGUCCCGACGCCCCAAGGACCGUGUGGGGCACCGCGGCUGUCGCAGCGAGUUCUCCCACCCUUGUGGCGGCCCCUGAGCCUAUUGCGCACGACGAUGGGUGGCUGCAAGACUGGGAGAAGGACCUGCUGGAUCAUGAUGACGCAAUAGCCAUGGUCGAAGCCAGUUUGAAAGGGGAAAGCAACAACCCAACUCGUAUAAACCCAGGAUCGACAAAGAAGGGCAAGAAGAAGAAGAUUACUCUGAUGUCGACGAACAAUCGACGGGGAGCAUAA